AUGGAUAGUGAGUGGAUGACAGAAAAACCAAAUAACAGUACAAAUUCUUCCGUCGAUGGAACUGUCUCAGAAAGCAUUGUACCUCCAAGUCUUCAAUAUGCUUUCGGAGUUUUGGGAAAUCUAACCGCCAUGUUCCUUCUCUGUCGGUCAUCAGGUGUACAUAAAUGGAAGCCUUUCUACAGACUUGUUGGUGGCCUAGCUAUCACUGACUUUUGUGGGAUAGCUCUCGUAUACCCAGCAGUAAUGGUCCGAUAUAUUUCGGGGUUUACUUUUGAAUUUCCCAAACAACUUUGUGAUUAUUUUUCCUUUUGGUUCUCUUUCUCUUUCAUGUCAUCGGCCAUGAUCGUCAGUGCAAUGUCUUUUGACCGAUUUAUGGCAGUUGCAUAUCCGAUUCUCUACAGAAACUCACAGAAGACUAGAGUGAAUAUUAUGCUUGUCAUGAUUUGGGCUUUUAAUGCUAUCGUGUCAUCUUUGAACUUAAUGGGUGUUGGCUCAGCUAGAAACUUUUAUCCUGGGUCAUGGUGCUUUUUGGACUUUGCAAGCAAGGGACAUCUUGAUAAAGUGAACACUUAUAUAUAUUCCAUUAUUGGAUUCAUUAUUUUAACUGCCACAAUUAUUAUGAACAUAUUCGUCGUCUAUUUCAUUUGCAGAAAAGUUUCAACAUCCGACAGAAGAAAAAGCAAUGAUAUUUUUAUCAUCGUCUUUCUUUUCGUUAUAGUAAUACUAUUUUCCAUCUGCUGGGUUCCUUUGAUGGUUCGUAUGCUGAUCAAUGCCACCUCAAAUGACCCUAAGAAUGGACCAGAGGAACUCCUGGCUGUGCGAAUGACCAUCAGCAAUGCCAUCGUAGAUCCGUGGAUUUACAUUAUUCUUAGGAAAGAAAAUUUAUCCAAAAUUUUGGGCUUGAUUCGUAGAAUUCGCAAUAGGAAGCAAUUGCCAACAGUUUUUAUUACAGAAGAAUCCAAAUCUGUGAGAGCUGGAAGAAACAGAAAUCCAUCAACAAAUACUGUCACAAAUUCCACACAGAUUUAA